AAAGUCCGUCGUCAUCGAGAAGAUCUCCUCGCCAAAGUCCGAGAGCGAAUGUUAGUCGAACUUGCCAAACUACGAAUCAAAGCCUCCGAGCUGCGCGAUUGCAAGGAUAUGGACCAAAUGGGAACCUACGUGAACGAAGUCAGAAACAUCCAGAAAAGAAUGCUGGACGUUAAAGAGGAUAUCGCGUUUGUCCAAAAAGAGGAGCAGUUAUUUAAGACGACUGUUGAGAAUUACUCGGAUGUGGAGGAGAUUCAGAAUAUGGUGGAACCCUAUCAUCGGCUGUUUGGAAUUGUGACGCGUUGGCAGAAAUCUGAGAAAAAGUGGAUGGACGGAUCCUUUUUCGACCUGCAGCCUGAAACGAUCUCGAGUGAAGUGCAAGAGUACUACACCGAACUCUAUAAGAUAUCUAAGUUCUUCAACCAGCUGCAGAAGCGUGAAAUGAUGGAGAAGAGGAACAAAGAGGGUCUGAAGAAAAAGAAGGAAAACGACGAUGGGGGACUGAUUCAGGAGCAGAUGCCGGCCAUUUUAGUAUGUCAGAGGAUCCUGCAUGACAUCAAGAAGUUCAAGGAGUUCAUCCCACUCAUUGGUAUCCUGCGUACUCCUGGCAUCACCACUCGUCACUGGGAAGAGAUGAGUUUCAUAGCGGGAAAGAGCAUCAUGCCAGAUGUGUCCACUUCUAUGCGCAAGAUGCUCAAACUAGACCUCAUGUCUCUUCAGGAGAAGUUCGAGAACGUCAGUGCCGGAGCAGCCAAGGAGUACUCUCUGGAGAAAAGUAUGGAGAAGAUGAAGGAGGAGUGGAAUGAAUUGGAGUUCCCCCUCCUGCAGUACAGGGACACCGACUACAGGAUACUCUCUUCUGUGGAUGAGAUCCAGCUGGUACUGGAUGAGCACAUAAUAAAGACACAGACUAUGAGGGGGUCUCCCUUCAUCAAACCAUUUGCAAACGACAUUAAGGAAUGGGAAGCGUUGCUGAUCAACUUACAAGACACUAUGGACGAGAUCCUCAAACUGCAAGGCCAAUGGCUCUACCUGCAACCCAUCUUCAGUUCUCCAGACAUAGUGGACCAAAUGUACGAAGAAGCGAAUCUGUUCCAGACUGUUAAUUCAUACUGGCAGCAGUUGAUGACUCACUUCGACAAGGACCCUCAUGUCAUGGCGGCUAUUAGUAUGCCAGGGGUGGAUGAGAUUCUAGAGGAGAGUGCUAAGAAAUUGGAUGCGAUUACCAAGGGGCUGAACAUAUAUUUGGAGAAGAAGAGAAAAUUCUUCCCGAGGUUCUUCUUCCUCUCUAAUGAUGAGAUGCUUGAGAUUCUGUCGGAAACCAAGGACCCCACCAAAGUGCAGCCCCACCUGAAGAAGUGCUUCGAGGGAAUAGGCAAACUGGAGUUCAACUCCAAAAUGGAUGUCACAGCACUAAGGUCACCCGAGGACGAAGCGGUCCAUUUCGAUAAACCGCUCUGUAUCGUGGACUGUCUCGGCUCAGUGGAAAAGUGGCUGCUCAAAGUGCAGAAUGCCAUGUUUGACACUGUGAGGUCCAAGAUAGCGGCUGCCAGGGGCAAGUACAGUCCGGACCAGAGGGCGGAGUGGGUUGUGAAGUGGCCUGCCCAGGUGGUGUUGUGUGUGAGCCAGAUUGUGUGGACUGCUGAGGUGCACAGAGAACUGAAAGAAGUGGGCGGCAACCUCUCCAGGUAUUACGACGUGUGUGAGGGUGAAGUGAAGGAGAUGGUGAACAUCAUCAGGGGAGAUCUCCCUCCCGGACUCCGAAUCACUCUGGGAUCCCUGGUCACUAUCGAGGUCAAGGCCAGAGACAUUGUGAAGGAACUAGCGCAGAAAGGAGUGCACUCUGAAAAUGACUUCCAGUGGCUGGCACAGUUGCGAUACUACUUCGAAGAGGGAAGUGCUGUGGUUCGACUCAUAAACGCCACAGUGCCAUAUGGAAACGAGUACCUAGGAAACACCACUCGACUCGUCAUCACUCCCCUAACUGACAGAUGUUACCGAACACUGAUUGGCGCUUUCCAUUUGAAAUUGGGCGGGGCGCCGGAGGGUCCUGCAGGAACUGGUAAAACGGAAACAACCAAGGAUUUGGCGAAAGCACUGGCCCUACAGUGCAUAGUGUUCAACUGCUCUGAUGGGCUGGACUACUUGGCAAUGGGAAAAUUCUUCAAAGGCCUUGCUUCUUCCGGCUGCUGGGCCUGCUUCGACGAAUUUAACCGGAUAGAGGUGGAAGUGCUCUCAGUUGUGGCGCAACAGAUACUAGUCAUUCAAAAGGCACUUCAAGCAGGCACACUUUUCUUCGAGUUCGAGGGUGCGCGGCUGGAGUUGAGCAGGAGCUGCUUUGUGGCCAUUACCAUGAAUCCAGGAUAUCAGGGUCGCUCGGAGCUGCCUGAUAACUUAAAGGUUUUGUUUCGCACGGUCGCAAUGAUGGUGCCAGACUACGCCCUCAUAGGCGAGAUAUCCCUCUACUCCUCCGGAUUCCUGGACGCGAAGAACUUGGCGCGGAAGAUAGUGAUGACUUACAGGCUGUGCUCGGAACAGUUGUCCAGUCAGCCCCAUUAUGACUACGGAAUGAGGGCGGUUAAGGCUGUGCUGGUGGCUGCGCGAAACUUCAAGUUGAAGUUGCCCAAGGAUUCAGAGGAUGUUUUGGUCCUCAGGUCAGUGCGUGACGUCAACCUUCCGAAAUUUCUGGCCCAAGAUGUGCCUCUGUUCGAGGGCAUUCUCAAAGACCUCUUUACAGACAUAGAGGCGAUGAAGCCAGCCUACUAUGACAUGUUCUUCUCGUCGGUGGGGGUGGCUUGUGAGAAGUUGAGCAGGGAGUUGACAGAUGCGUUCAAGGAGAAAGUGUCCCAGACUUAUGAGAUGAUGCUGGUCAGACAUGGGUUUAUGCUGGUCGGUGAACCAUAUGGCAGCAAGACUUCUAUUCUACGAGUGCUGGCUGAAACACUGAACUUAAUCGCACUGGAUCCCAGCAGUGCCUCCUUCAACGAACAGGGCGUGGUCUUUUCCACAAUCAACCCUAAGGCAAUCACUCUUGCUCAGCUGUACGGCGCUUUUGACAGUUCAACUCAAGAUACUGGAUACUACGAACAAUCUAAGUGGCGUGAGGGUGUGUUGGGCAGAGUGUUUCGUGACUACGCCAGUUCUCCCAAGGCACACCGCAAGUGGAUCAUAUUCGACGGACCAAUAGACUCAGUCUGGAUUGAGAACCUCAACACGGUGCUGGACGACAAUAAGAAACUUUGUCUAAUGAGUGGUGAGAUUGUGCAGAUGACAGACAGUAUGACCUUGAUCUUCGAGACGAUGGAUCUGGGACAGGCAUCCCCCGCAACGGUAUCCCGAUGUGGUAUGAUCUACACUGAACAGUCCCAACUGGGCUGGCGUCCCCUUGUGAACAUCUGGCUGAAGAGACAGACCAAACUGACAGAGUCAGGGUACACUGCAGCAAUGGUUGAAUUCUUCCUCCCCAAAUUGUUCGAGUUCAUUCACGCACAGUGCUCGAUGCUGGUUGUGUGCUCUGAAAGCCACCUGGCCCAGAGUGUAAUAAAUCUGUACGAGGGACUCAUCAGUCAACAUCUGGGCAGAAAUACCGACCAGUUCACCGACUGGCAAGUGAACCUGAUGAUAUUUGCUCUGAAUCACGCACUCGGAAACUACCUGACAGACGAAAGCCGAGUGAAGUUCGGCGAGUUUCUUCGCAGCCUGUGCGCCACUCCUGACUUCCAAGAAAUGCAAUUGGAAAACUUUGUACCCCUCCCAGAAACCGAGGAUUGUUUCGACGUUGUUUACGAGACUUGCCUGAUCGAAAAUGAAGAGGGAGAGAAAAAUUACGAGCGCCAAUGGGUGACGUGGAAACAGCUCGGAAGCAGCAACCUCAACAACAUCAUGGCCUCAAAACAGGCCAUACAUGAAGUGACCAUACCCACUACAGAGUCCAUACGCUUCAACUACAUAGUUCAGGCUCUGAGUGUGCAGUUCAGUUCGAAUGUGUUGGCAAUUGGGGGCACUGGGACUGGGAAGACAGUGAUCAUGAGUCACUUCCUCAAGUUGGACUCCACCAAGACCACCCACCAUCCCAUGUGGGUCAACUUCGCCACUCAGACCACCGCCACACAGGCACUGGACUACGUGAUGAGUAAGUUGGAGAAGAGGAAGAAGGGUUUCUUUGGACCCCCAGUGGGCAAGAAGGCCCUGCUGAUGGUGGAUGAUGUGAACAUGCCACAGCCAGAGGAGUUCGGAUCCCAGCCGGCUGUUGAACUACUCGCACAAUUGUUCAACCACCAAUUUUGGUACGACAAGGAAAACAACAAGGCCACUAUCAUGGACACACAAGUGAUGGCGGCAAUGAAUCCCUUCAGAGGGGCCUCUUCAGUGUCCCCCAGAUUCAUGCGCCACUUCAACGUACUCGCCUUCUCCUCCUUCUCCAAUGAGUCACUGCAGAGAAUAUUCACUACCCAAUUCAACAUGUAUCUAGAGAAAUUGGAACUGGACGACGAGCGGUUCAUGAAGCACUGUCAGCAACUGGGACGCAAGCUAGUCUCUGCCACUCUGUCAGUGUAUCAGGAGUGUCUAGUCAACCUCCUACCCACUCCUGCCAAAUCACACUACAUAUUCAACCUCAGAGACAUAUCCAGAGUGAUGAAUGGGCUGUUUCUGGUCAAGAAGGACUCCAUAUACACUGACACCAUCUUCAUCAAGUGUUGGGUCCACGAGGUCCUCAGAGUCUUCUACGACAGAUUGGUUGACGCCAAGGACUCCACCUGGCUUUUUCAGAAAAUCCGAGAACUGGUCAGCACUAUCCUCGAGUUCAACUUCGACGACGUCUUCGCCCACCUCACAGGUAUCCCAGUGCCCGACUGGUGUGUGAGUCCGAUGCCCAACUACUUCCCCGGCAGUGGGGGCCAGAUUAGUAACAAGGGCAGGGAGUCCUCUAACUCGAACCACAAGCAGAAGAACAACAUAGGAGGACUGGGCAGAGAUGCUUCUGGCUCUAAUCUGAAAGUGCCCAACACGGCAGUUUCUCAAGACGAGGACGACUCCUCGGCCGAUUCGACACUCAAGUACAACUUCCCUGAAGUGACCGAAGACCAUAUGGAAUCCCUGAUGUUCGGAGACUACCUCUACAUGGAUGCUGACUUCGCAAUCAUGCCUUAUGAUGAGAUCACCUCGUUUGACCCCUACAAGGCAGCUAUUCAACAACAGUUGGUAGAGUAUAAUCAGCUGAUGAAUGCCAAGAUGGAUAUUGUCAUAUUCAGGUACUUUGUGCAGCACGUGUGUCGUCUGUCUCGUAUCCUCCGACAGCCUAUGGGUCAUGGUCUGUUAGUGGGAGUGAGCGGGAGUGGGAGACACUCCAGUGCACAGCUGAGUGCAUUCAUGCUGCAAGUGAAGACAUUCAAGCCACAGAUCACCAAGAAGUACAAUCUAGACAACUGGAGGGACGACAUCAAGUUGGCCAUGAGAACAGCAGGUGCACUAGAGGAGCCCUCGAUGUUCCUCAUCUCAGACACGCAGAUAGUGAAUGAGUCAUUCCUGGAGGACAUAGAGUCCCUUCUCAACACGGGCGAGAUCCCCAACCUGUUCCCGCCAGACGAGAAACACGAAAUAGUCGAACUAGUUCGUGACAGAGCGCAGCAAGGCAAUAAGCAAGCUGACUUCACGACCAAUGAGCUGUUCACCUUUUUCGUGUCACGUGUGAAGGCACUGCUGCAUAUUGUUGUCGCAUUCAGCCCAAUCGGUGAUGCGUUCCGAAACCGCCUGAGGAAAUUUCCAUCGUUGAUAUCUUGCUGUACCAUUAAUUGGUUCAAGGAGUGGCCCCAAGAGGCGCUGGAGAAAGUGUCCCACUCCUUGCUGAGUGAUGCCAAGUUGGAGGAGGCUUACAAGACCAACAUCACCCCCCUCUGUCUCAGCUUCCACCUCUCCGCAUCACAACUGUCCAACAGGCUGUACGCUGAGUUCAAUCGUCGCAACUACGUCACUCCAAGCUCUUUUCUUCAGUUUGUACUCUCCUUCAAAGAACUCCUCGCCAAGAAACGAGAAGAGGUUUCGAAGGCCAAAAGACGCUACGAAGUUGGACUUGAGAAACUUGCAUUUGCGUCGUCUCAGGUAGCCGAAAUGGAAAAGAAUCUCAAGGAUCUCCAACCGAAACUCCUCGAAACCACCAAAGAAGCCACAAAAAUGGCUGAAACAACAAUGAAGGAGAGUAAAAGAGUGCAAAACAAGCGAGAAAUGGUCACUAGAGAAGAAGCUAUUGCGAACGAAUACGCAGAAGCAGCACAGGAUCUGAAAACUGAAUGUGAAGCCGAUCUAGCCGAGGCGAUUCCCAUACUUGAAGAAGCCACUAGAUGCCUGGACAUCUUAAAACCCUCGGAUAUUACCAUUCUAAAGAGCAUGAAGAGUCCACCUCUUGGGGUUAAGUUAGUCUUGGAGGCAAUUUGUGUUUUGAAAGAUAUCCCGCCUGAAAAGAUCAAUGACCCCGACGGAGGAACUGCAAAGAUCAACAGUUACUGGGGUCCCUCUAAGAAACUGCUGGGAGACCUGAACUUCUUGACGACUCUGAAGUCGUUUGAUAAGGAUAAUGUGAAUGCGGCUGCUAUGGACAAGAUAAGAAAGGAGUACAUGACUAAUCCUGAUUUUGCACCUGAAGUUGUGGCGAAGUCUUCCUCGGCCGCUCAGGGUCUCUGCAGAUGGGUAAUGGCGAUUGAGAUGUACGAGCGCAUUUCCAAACUAGUCGCCCCAAAGAAGAUGAAGUUAGCCCAAUCAGAAGGAGACCUCGCGGCCUGUAUGUCCUCUCUGAACGCCAAGAGGAACGAGCUGAAACUGGUACAGGAUAAACUGACUGCUCUUCAAGAUCAACUGAAGAUGACAGAGGAGAGGAAGAUAUCACUGGAGAAGGAGGUGGAUCUGUGUGCCAAGAAACUAAGCAGGGCUGAUAAGCUGAUUUCUGGAUUAGGCGGCGAAAAGGACAGAUGGACCAAAGCAGCCAAGGGAUACCACGGCACUUUCGUCAACCUCCCCGGCGACGUCCUGUUGUCAGCCGGAAUCAUCAACUACCUGGGUCCCUUCCCAGCCGCCCUCAGACAGGAAAGCGUGGACAACUGGCAGCUGGAGUGCAGGGGAUACGGCAUCCCGUGCUCCACUAAUUUUGAGUUGAAGAGUGCUCUCGGGAAUCCAAUCACAAUCAGAUCGUGGAACAUUCAUGGAUUGCCGAGCGAUAAUUUCUCCGUGCAGAAUGGAGUUAUUGUAACUAACAGUCGACGAUGGCCCCUGAUGAUAGACCCCCAGUCACAGGCGAACACGUGGAUCCGCAGUUUGGAGGAAGAGAACAAACUGGUGGUGCUGAAGCUGAACGACAGUGACUUCGUGCUCCAACUGGAGACAGCUGUGAGGAAUGGAGUGCCAGUGUUGCUGGAGAACAUAGAGGAGACACUGGACGCCUCCUUUGAUUUCCUACUCGGAAAGAUCACAUUCAAACACAGUGGCAUAGAGUGCACUAAGUUGGGAGACAGUAUCAUCGAGUACAACAGUGACUUCCGCUUCUACAUCACCACUAAGCUGAGGAACCCCCACUACCUGCCCCAGAUAUCCACCAAAGUCUGCCUCAUCAACUUCAUGAUCACACCCAGCGGACUACAGGAUCAACUCCUGGGAAUCACAGUUGCCAAAGAACGUCCAGACCUGGAGGACGCCAGACAGUCGCUGCUAAUCCAGAGUGCAGACAACAAGAAACAGCUGAAGGAGAUAGAGGACAAGAUACUGGAGACACUCUCCUCCUCCAAAGGGAAUAUUCUAGAAGAUGAGAGUGCAGUGCAGAUACUUGAUAGUUCGAAGGUCCUCGCUAAUGAUAUCCAGAAGAAACAGCUGACAGCAGAAGAGACGCAGGAGAAGAUAGAAGAGGCAAGACAGGGCUACCACAGCAUAUCUCUACACGCCUCUAUCCUCUACUUCGCCAUAGAGGACCUGCCCAACAUCAACCCCAUGUACCAGUUCAGCCUCGCAUGGUUCAUACAUCUCUUCAUUCAGUGCAUAGGAGAGAGCAACAAGAGCAAGAUACUGGAGAAGAGGCUGAGGUACCUGUCGGACCACUUCACUUACACUCUGUAUCUGAGUGUAUCCAGGUCUCUCUUCGAUAGACAUCGACUCAUUUUCUCAUUCUGUCUCUGCUCCAAUGUACUUCUGUCACGUGAGGAAGUGGACAGGAGUGAGUUUGGCUUCUUCAUAAACACAGACGGACACCAGUCGGCGGCCGCAGUGGGGGAGAAUGGUCUGGGAAAGAAGAGUAAAGAGGAGGACAACAACCCGGCAGAGGAGUGGCUGCCGAAACAGUCUUGGGAACAGAUUGUACUCAUGGCAGACACACUUGAGAAGUUCAAAGAUAUCAAGUCAAGCUUUAGGGAUUCACUUGAAGCGUGGCGUGUGUUCUUCCACAAGACAGAGCUGGAUAGUGGCGAUAUCCCCUCUCCCUGGAUCCAGACCCUGGACCAGUUCCAACAGCUACUUCUGUUCAGAGUAGUCAGACCAGACCAGCUGGUGAAUCAAGUGCGUAAGUUCAUCUCUGAGAAGUUGGGCAGGAACUUCGUGAGCAGUCCCCCUCUGGACAUCAAGAAGUGCUACCAGGAGUCGAGCAACACCAAGCCACUCGUGUUCAUACUGUCCCCGGGAUCAGACCCCAUGUCCGCCCUGAGUAAGUUCGCGGAAGACAUGGGAUUCUUCGGCAGCAUGUUUAACUCUAUCUCCCUCGGCCAGGGCCAGGGAGUGCACGCAGAGAGUCUGAUCUACAGGGGAAGGGAUAGAGGGAUGUGGGUGGUGCUCCAGAACUGCCACUUGGCUCUCUCUUGGAUGCCCACUUUGGAGAAACUGGUAGACAGUUUGUCUGCCACACCCACACAUGCUGAUUUCAGACUGUGGCUGACGAGUUAUCCCUCUGGUCGCUUCCCAGUGACAGUACUCCAAGACAGUGUGAAGAUGACGAGUGAGUUGGCAGCCGGACUGAAGAGUGGCAUCCUCCAGGCCUAUCUGGAUGACCCCGUCUGUGACCCCACAUUCUUCGACAUCAGCCACGAGUUAGGCGAAGGAACCAGCAACGAACAAAUGCAGAUGGCCUGGGAACGACUUCUGUUGAGUCUCUGCUUCUUCCACGCGGUUGUGUCCGAGAGGAAGAGCUACGGCCCCAUUGGCUGGAACAUUCCUUACAGCUUCAACCAAUCAGACCUCAAGAUUUCAAUCCACCAGUUGCGAGAGUUCAUAAUUGAGUACAAAACUGUGCCCUAUGAAGCCCUGACGUACCUGGUGGGGGAGAGUAACUACGGUGGGAAAGUGACAGAUCAGCGAGACCGACGAUGUCUGUUGUCUAUUCUGGAUUCAUACCUCAGUCCGUCUGUGUUGGAUUCGAAUUACAAAUUCGGAAAUGUGGCUACUUUUGGGACCAAGUUGUCCUAUAACGAGUAUCUCACUGCUAUUAAGGCCCUUCCCGACUCCCAGUCGGCCUCCAUGUUCGAACUGCACGAGAACGCGGACAUAUCCAGGGACCUGAAGGAGACCAAAUCUCUAGUUGAGAACAUCAAACUGGUGUAUGGCAACCAGAUGAAGAAUGUAGACAGCAGCAGCAGCAGCAGCAGCAGCAGCAGUAGUAGUAAAAAGAGCAGUGACAGUGCGAACAAGUCGGAGGAGAGGUCCAGUGGGGGUCAGAGGGAGGAUCCAAGUGUCACCAUGUGCAACAAUGUACUUGAAAAGCUGCUGCCGCUGUUCGACAUGAAGGUGGCCAAGGAUAAGUACCCUGUAAAGUACAGUGACAGCAUGAACACAGUCCUGGUGCAGGAGCUGCAGAGAUACAACAACCUCAAAAGUCAGAUCCGGUCCAGUCUUGACAGUCUUAUGCGGGCCUCCAAGGGUCUAAUCAUCCUCUCCCCAGACCUGGAAGAUCUCUCGAAGUCAGUGAAGGCCAACAGGAUCCCGCAAAUGUGGAUGGUCAAGUCCUAUCCCUCCCUUAAGUCGCUGUCCAAUUACAUUGUGGACUUGAGAGAAAGGCUGUUGUUUUUUCAAAAGUGGCUCGACUGCGGUGCUCCUGCGACGUUCUGGAUGCCGGGGUUCUUCUUCACGCAGGCAUUUCUGACAGCCUGUAUGCAGAACUACGCCAGACAGAACACAUGUCCAAUCGACAACCUCACUUUCCACUUCGAAGUGACAGAGAGAGACAGUUUCGAGGAGUGUGCUUCAGGUGGCAGUGUGUACGUGAAUGGACUGUUUCUAAAUGGAUGUCAGUGGGACAGAGAAAGAAAAACGCUGAAAGACUCCGACCCUCGAGUUUUAUUCCAAAAGAUGCCAGCCAUCAUUCUUAAACCCAGCAGCAAAAUAGUCGGUGAGCGCAGUGACCUCAACACCUCAAGCAGCGGUCGCCACAACUCAUACCAAUGUCCUCUGUAUCGCACCUCAGAACGAAGAGGCGUAUUGUCAACCACAGGCCACUCGACCAACUUCCUGUUGAUGGUUGACUUACCAUCUGAAAGACAACCACACGUCUGGACCAACAGAGGAGUGGCGCUUUUAUGCCAGCUGGAUGAUUAAUGUAGAUAUAUUGAUAUAAUA